UGUCAUCUGUCAUCGCUCUCACGUUAUGUGUGACGCAGUUAUUUUUCAACGUUUGAUUGGACAGCUGUCGUGGAGCGUCUAAGCGCACACACGGAAGCGUCGCUGUUUGAUGACGAAGGCGUUCAAAUAUGGCUGAACGAGAAGCGUUAGAAAGAGAGAUUGAGAAGUUACAAAAUCUUAUUAAGGACCACAAGAGAGUUCACGGUGAUGCCCCGUCAAGUUCAUCUCAGUGGUUUAGUAAAAAACCACUGGGAAGGGGCCGAGGUCACAACCCGUAUUACGUUCCCUCAUACUCACAUCAGUUGCAGCCAUAUGCUCCUCACACUUCCAGCCAAUGGAAGAAAAAAUACUCACUCAACAACAAGACCACCAGAAGACCCACACAGAUUUCUGAGGCGAAUCUAAACAAGACUGGACAAGUUAAGGUUGUGGCCCCUGAUGCUUGCGCUGCCUCUGGUGUCAAUAAGGUUUUACCUGAGGGGAUGAGAAAGGUGAGCACAGUGCCUUCAUACAGCGCAAUGAGACAGGAGUCAUCACUAGGGAGUAACACAAUCCGAGGUAAUAGUGGGGACAUGGCAUUAUUAAAACCUACACAGACUAAUAUCGAGUCCAUUGCCGAUCUGGCAGAGUCAGCUAAGUGUGGAGUUCAGAGUGCACCUGAUGGGAAGGUGAGACAAAAUGCAUCAUCAAAUAUAAGAUGUUCAGCUGCUUCGCUUUUUCCCUCAUCUGAGGAGUCCAGUGCCUUUAAUAAAAAGCAGGCUGCAAUGCCCCAUGUGAAAUCUUACCUCCCAAGUACCGUUUCAAGUAAUCAGAAUGUGUUAAUGGCAUCUAAGGACUCUCAAACUCUGACGUCCUCAAAACCAACAGAGGAAAUUAGGCUUAAAGCAGAUUCUGCUCCGAAGAUUCAGGCGCCUUUGUCUCCUCAUAAGAAAUCACGAUUUACCUGGGUGAAGAACCAAGGGACUAGUCAAAUAAAAUCAGACCUGCAUCAGUUUUCAACAAGCUCAGAUUCAACAUCUGCAUUACACAACACUACAUUGGUGGUCAAGCAAAGCCAGACUUCUACCAAGAAGCUUCAUCGCAAGCUCAGUUUUUCCCCCAGUACCCCUAAGACCUCAAAAUACUCUUGGGUGUCAUCAUCCUGUUCCCCCACAGCAGCCGCCAAAUCGGCUCUCACUAAAUCCCCUCACAAACUCUCUUCACCCAAAGCUCUUAAAGUUCCUGGUAAACUCACAACUGCGGCUAUCAUAUCGAAGAGGGCUAAAGUCAGCGGAGGAACUUCUACAUCUCACGUGAGCCAUGGCAGUCGCUACCGCUGGAAGGCAGUCGCAGCAUCCUCCGCCGCGUCUGCACGUGUGUCCACGCCGAGGUCUUCUCGCAAGGGCUCAGUGUAUCGAUGGACUGCGCAGAAGGACGAGAAGGAUUCGGUAUCUCGAGUCCAGCACAGUCCUUCCACUCCUCUGUCUAGCAGUGGAUUCAAGCUGAGGAGCAGAACUAAGAUCAUCAGGCCAUGCAGCAACAGUCCUGCUUCAGAAAGGAGGCCCAGUGUCGGUGUGGUUACCGUCAGGAGUCGUUAUUCACUGCGCAGGAGGACACACGUUCCUGUUAAGACCCCCAGCGGUGUCCGACGAGGCCACUCCAGAGUGCUGGUCUCUUUGAGCAGACACAGACUUCGGCGUCUCUCUCCAUCCAGCUUCAGCACUGCUCCAUGGAGCUCAAGAACAGGCCCGUUCUCUCUCUCGGUACGGAAUCCGGCAUCACAAAGGGUCAUUAAAACCCGCUACAAGAUUGACGCACGCAGAGCACACCUCCAGCACCACAACCACACCCUCUCCUACAGAGUCAAGAGAGUCCAGUCAGCUCGAUUUCUGUUACAGUCUCGCCUGCGUGCAACCCCAGACAGGCAGUGGAGAGGGCGGGGCAUACGGUGGAUCGGCGGGGCGCUCUACAGAGUCUCGGCCAAUAAGCUUUCCCGCACACAUUCUCCUAGCACACCGUCCAACAGACCAGGAAAGUUGUUCAGUCCUCAAGAAGUACCGUUUGGCAGUAGCACAUUUAGGACCUCCAACACACGGCAUGUGGCCAGUCGGGCGGUGCAGAAGAGUCUGGCCAUCAUUCGCCAGGCUCAGCAGAAGAAACAGCAGGCCAAAAACUACUGCAUGUACUACAACCGCUUUGGCAAGUGUAACCGUGGCUCUGCCUGCCCUUACAUCCAUGAUCCGGAAAAAGUUGCCGUUUGCACCAGGUUUCUUAGGGGAACGUGUAAGCAGACAGACGGGACGUGUCCAUUCUCUCACAAAGUGUCCAAAGAGAAGAUGCCUGUGUGUUCGUACUUCUUGAAAGGAAUCUGCAACAACAGUAGCUGCCCGUACAGCCACGUCUACGUGUCUCGUAAAGCGGCCGUGUGUCAAGACUUCAUCAGGGGCUACUGUCCUCAGGGAGAGAAGUGUAAGAAGAAACACACGCUUGUGUGUCCAGACUUCUCCAGAACUGGUGUGUGUCCUCAAGGGACUAAGUGUAAACUGCAGCACAGACAAAGGGUCAAGAGUGCUGGGUCCAGCCUGAGCUCGGGCUCUGGGAAAAAAGCCCGCAGUCGUGAUUCAACAAAGAGUCCCAGGCCAGAACCAGAGGCCACUCCAGCAGAGGAGGAGGGCACACCUAAGAGCAGCCCUGCAAAGCUGCCCUCCUUCAUCUCUUUGUCCAGUUCCCCAGAGACCCCAGACAGUGGUGUGAGUCCUUUAUGCCCCCCUGGAGCAGGAGCAGAGGGCACAGGAAAGAAACUGCACAUCAAACCACGCUUCUAGAGUUCAACCUUGGAGCUGAAACCCCUCUGCAGUCCCUUCAACACACAGAUGAUGGUUAAACAGCUGGAAUACUCCGGCUCUACCGUGGCAAGUUUGAGCCUGCCAGAAAAGAUCCAGAAAAUACUACCAAAUUAUUAAUUACUGUACAUGUUCCAGCACUCGAAUUACUGCAUAAUAACGGCAUAGGAUAGACAAGAAAUAAGCUUGGUACCACAGGUAAGUGAUAAAUGUCCAGCAAUUCCAAAUAUAGAGAUUAUUAGUCACCAGGAUAUUUUUUUAAAAGGGUCUUCACUUUUUCUGGACUUGAUAUUUAACACACAAUAUGCAGGUGCCUUUUUUCGAGGUAGUGGUAGGUAUCUCAGGGACAUUUUUUUUGUGCAUGUGUCACUUUUAAAAUCAUUAUCAAUUCAGUUGUUUCUACUGGAGGAAAUUGUAUUUUAUUGCAUACUAUUUAAGUUUGUGGUUUUAUUUGUACUUUACAACAAAAACGUAAAGAAUUAUCCAAUUAAAGAUGUUGAUCACU